UCUACACUCCGCAAGAUAAAACUGCCACUUGGGGCUCAGGAGAGCUAGACCUUCCUGGGUUGGCCUGGGUGUGCGAGCAGAGUCAUGGGUUCUCUGGUUCUGCAGUUGUGUGCUCUCCUCGGCCUGAUGGCUCACUGGGUUUCUGGAAGCCCCAUCAUGAGCCUGGAGCGGUCACCUCUGGAAGAAGACAUGCCCCUCUUCGAUGAUGUCUUCUCAGAGCAAGAUGGAGUUGACUUUACUACGCUGCUGCAGAGCAUGAAGAAAGAGUUUCUCAAGUCAUUAAACCUGUCUGAUAUUCCUAUGCAGGAUUCAGCCAAGGUUGACCCACCAGAAUAUAUGCUGGAACUCUACAACAAAUUUGCAACUGAUCGAAGCUCUAUGCCUUCUGCCAACAUCAUUAGGAGUUUCAAGAAUGAAGAACUGUUUUCUCAACCAGAGAGUUUCAAUGGGCUGCGGAAAUACCCUCUCCUCUUCAAUGUCUGCAUCCCUCACCACGAGGAGGUCAUCAUGGCUGAACUCAGACUGUACACAUUGGUACAAAGAGAUCGCAUGAUGUAUGAAGGAGUAGACCGGAAAAUUACCAUUUUUGAAGUACUAGAAAGCAAAGGGGACAAUGAGGGGGAAAGAAGCAUGUUGGCUUUGGUGUCAGGGGAGAUCUAUGGAACCAAUAGUGAGUGGGAGACUUUUGACCUCACCGAUGCCAUCAGACGUUGGCAAAAGUCAGGCUCCUCCACCCACCAGCUGGAGGUCCAUAUUGAGGGCAGAUUUGGUGAAAAUGAGGGCAUUGGCUGGGGACAACUUGAAAUAGACACCAGUGCCCAGAAUAAGCAUGUUCCUUUGAUAGUUGUGUUUUCUGAUGACCAAAGCUAUGAGAAAGAGAGGAAGGAAGAACUAAAUGAAAUGAUCUCUCAUGAGCAGUUUUUGGAGUUGGACAACCUGAGCCUAGAUGGUUUCUCCAAUGAACCUGGGGAAGAAGCUUUACUGCAGAUGAGGUCAAACAUCAUUUAUGACUCUACCGCCCGGAUCAGGAGGAAUGCCAAGGGGAACUACUGCAAAAGGACCCCACUCUACAUUGACUUCAAGGAGAUUGGCUGGGACUCUUGGAUCAUUGCCCCGCCUGGGUAUGAAGCCUAUGAAUGUCGUGGUGUUUGCAACUACCCCCUGGCUGAGCAUCUCACACCCACAAAGCAUGCAAUUAUUCAGGCUUUGGUUCAUCUCAAGAAUUCCCAGAAGGCAUCUAAAGCCUGUUGUGUGCCCACCAAGUUAGAGCCUAUCUCCAUCCUCUAUUUAGACAAAGGUGUUGUCACCUACAAGUUUAAAUAUGAAGGCAUGGCCGUCUCUGAAUGUGGCUGUAGAUAGGAGUUCUAUGGUUUAUUUAAUAACUGUAAAUGUGUACAUUUUAUGUCCAUAUUUAAUGAGAUUAUUUAAUAAGGGUGUACAGCUCACAGAGACUCAUGGCCUUAACAGAAUUUAACAGGUCAGCUUGCUGUCAGAAAUACAGAUCUGUACUCUACAGUCCUGUUCCUUCUAUCCAAUUUGCUUUUUUUUUUCACUUUGGACUUACCAUUUUCUGGCAAUGCUAUCUUUAACACAAGUAACAAACCUACAUUACUUGUCCUCUGUGUCACUAUGAAAAAAAACCUUUAAGAAGAAAUAUGUUGUCAAAAUAUAGCUGUUUUCUAUUUAUAUGUGUAUAUAGAUAAACCAUUAAAACCCACUUGGUUCUGUAGAGGCAAAUUAUACUCACAUAUAUGCAUGACUCAAUCAGAUGUGUCUAUAUAAAAAAGCAGGUGGUAGGUUCUUAGUCUCAUCUUUGAGUUGGAUUUAUGUCAAAAUAAUUUCACCAGGAAUGCAGCCAUCACAGGAAGUGUUAGAUUUGCUAGCACAGUUGGAAGUAGAAAUGUAACUUUUGCCAACUAAUUUCUGGCAUUUCUCAGAGUAGCGGUUAUUUGAUACAGAAACCAAAUAGCUUUAUGAGGCAAUAGUGUUAAGGUAUAACAUAAAACAAAAACAAAACAGCAACAAACUAAGCAGGGGAACACUGAGUUCUAGAGGUCACACCUUUGGUCAAAAAAGGAAAUCAGGGGAGAUCUCAGGAUGACAUCUUCUGCUGAGUAACAGGACAGGAAGGCCACAUGUAUUGACUCUAAUGCUGCAGAGGGUAGAGGAGGUGAGAGGGGGACUUGAAGUAGGGGGCAGAAAGACAUAGACUGAAGUAUGAUAUGAUGUGUUUGAGAAAUUAUAGGCAGUUCUAAUUCAACAAUUAAAUCUUUUGACCAAACAAAAUUACCAAAGGCCAAUAGAAAGAGAAACAGAAAGGAUCUCCUGUUGGGAUCCUUACUUCUUAUUAUUUCUCUCUUCAGUUCAUAACACUUCUCACUUUUGCUUACACUACUGUGUUUGCUGGUUUCCAUCUUUUCCCUCUUUCUUCUGUGACCAAGCACUUCAUGUUUCUUCUCUCAUUCCUGUGUCCCUGUCUCACUAGCUUUCAUUUUCCCUGCCACAGACUAGAGAGCAACAUAAGAAAACAUGUUCUCUCAGGAAGAAAGGAGUUUGUGAUCUAAUUUCUAGUUUCCUUCUUGACACUUAAUUUGGAUUUACUUUAAAAAUAUCUUUAUGAAACUUCUUAAAAUUGAGAUAGUGAGAGAAUCAAAGAGACUACAGAAUUCAAACUUCCUUCAGUACAGUGGGACCUGGAGUUGAACCCAAGUCUCUCAGUGGAAAAGUAGCAACACUACUUAAGUAAAUUAUUUGGUGGCCCCUAGGAAACCUCUUGUUUAAUACUUAAAUAAAAAAGAAAAAAACUCAAGAUACAUUCAAAUACAAAAAUCAAUAAGUAGACACACAGGUAAAAAUGAUCCAAUAGAUAAGCCCUAUUUUUGUAGUCAGGUUUUCCCCUGGAAGAAGUCCUGAAGCCUUCUCAUUCUCCCCACUGUGCAAACACAUGGAAAUGACAGGGAUUAAAGGACUGGAGAGGUCCAAAGGGUGUGCCAGCAGCUGACUGGCUGGAAGGACUCUAGUCUUUGUCUUGGAUUCCAAAUGCCACUCCCAGGAUUGAUCCUGGGAAGUAGCAACUUCAGUAGAACUUCAGUUUUCAGUGCACUCUCCCCCACUCACCCAUUUUAAUGCAAUGCUUUCUUCAGAAGUCUUGAUCUUUUUAUUAACCCUGGACACAAUCAGCCUCUCACAAACAUUACACUAAAAAAAAAAAAAAGAAUGAAAGAAAGAAAAACAGACAAACAGGAUGGGGGGUGAUAAUAUAAUAGUUAUGCAAAAAAGACAUUCAUGCUCGAUACUCCAAAGUCCUAGGUUCAAUCCUCUACACUAUCUUAAGGCAGAGUUGAUCAGUGCUCUGGUAAAAAAAAAAAAAAAAAAAAGAGAAAGAAAGAGAGAAAGAAAGGAAAGAUAGAAAGAAAGAAAGAAAGAAAGAAAGAAAGAAAGAAAGAAAGAAAGGAAAAAAGAAUGAAACAAAGAAACUUCAAAGAUUUGGAGCAAUUUGGAUGUUAGUUUUAUAUUUCCAUUUCCAUUGGUCCUGAGGGAAAAUCCUUGGGAGGCCAUUGAAAGAGAGUUAUUAUUAUUUCUUUUUUACCAUUAGUGGGUAUACAAUGAUUGAUAACUGAAGAUGGCCAGAAUCAUUCACUUAUGGAAUAGUCUCCAUAUGAAACUGCACAUAAGAUUGAGUGUGUGAGUGUGUGAGUGUGUGUGUGUGUGUGUGUGUGUGUGUGUGUGUGUGUGUGUGUGUGUGUGUGUGUAAAAUUGCCUUCAAAGAGCUAUGCUUACUGCCCUCAGUGGGGUAAUCCAUUGUACUUACUGUAUACUCUAUGGUACUUAUCCUUUCUAAAGAACAUUGUAAUGGACAUGCAGUAAAACCUCAGCUGAACAGGAUAGUUCCUGUCAGAUAAAAUCAAGGAAGAUUUUAUUUUAAUUUCUAAAAUUUGUGACAGUGGUUGCGGUUAAAUGUUUUUACAAUCAGCAAUAGGGAUGGUGAGGGGGAGGGUGGUCCUAUUUGUGAAUUUAAACAAUGUUUGCAUGGCCUAUUUCAAGCUAUCAAUAUGACAUUAAUCAGUAUACAAAAUUCCCCAAAACUAAACAGCUCUCAGGACCUCACAGCUGACCAUAGGUCACUACCUACAGGCCUGCUCUCUCCACUACCCUCAGCUGCCCUGCCAGAUUCCCGCAGAAGUCCUGUCACGAGCAUUGACAUGUAGUUCUAUGAUUUUCUUCUUGACUCUGAAAAGAUCAAAGACAGCCACAUUUUGCAUGCUGCUAGUUGCAUUUUUCCUUUCUUUCAAAAAUUAAAAGACAUAAACUAGUUGCUGUUUUGAAGCAUGACUGCACCUCUUGUCCAUGACUAUACCAACACAUAACCAUGAAAUUGUCUGAUCUUUAGGAAAGUAAGACUCCUAGUGUCUUCUUUGGACUUACACAUUUGCUAUACCCCACACCCGUCUUUUCUAUACACUCUAGGUCAGAAUUCUCAUCAUUGAAGAUAUAUAUUGAUAUAGCUGACUCUUAAGGAUAAUUAUAGCAGAGGGACAUAGUAGCCAACAACCAGAAUAUCAUGUAAACUUUUCCAGGCUUCCUACUAUUUAUUGAUGGGUUAUUUAUUUUUGUAAUAUAUUGUAGAUCAAUAAAUAUUUUAUUUUUAUGUUUGUGAUUCCCUCUUGGAUAAUAUGGUUUUCAGUACUUUGCAAAUAUUAUCUUUCUCAAAUGAUGGUUCCUUUACAAAAUAUGAGCUAUGUUUUCAUCUCUUUUUGCAUCAAAAUUUCCUGUUAUUUUCAAAGAGCCUUACUAUAAGCUGGCAAUAACUUUGUAUUUUUUAUGUCUGGCAGACAUGCUGUGAGUCCUUGAGAUAUUACUGACCUGUAAAUAGUACAGUUUUAACUAAAGUGUAGGGAUUUCAGAAAGUCAUGAACCAAAAAUGUCAAUGUGUUCCAGGAACUGACACUGUCAAUUAAGAGAGGCAAAUGUUAUCAGAUUGCAAAGGUCUGUGGUUGCUGCUCAGUGAAUGAAGACAGUACUUAAUUGGAUCUUACUCUCUCAUCUGUUGGCUUCACAGAUCCACCAAUCAGAAACUAGGCAAAUUUGCCCAACACUGGACCAGUGACUAAUAAUAUAAAGAUUGUUAUCUUAAUGAUUCCCAAAAGAAUCAGUUUCAAAGUGCCUAAUUUUUCCAUUUGCUUAAUUUUAACUCUGGGAAAUUAAUGGUAGAUACUCCCCCCCCCAAUUAUUUGCUAAUUAGCAAAUUUUUGAUUAUAUCUGAAAUCUCCAAAUUAGAGACAUUAUCAUAAAAGGACUUUCACACGUUUUUCUCUACUAGACUUAUUGACAGCCCGUAAAGUUCAUCAUUAAAAUACCCAUUUACAAUUUGUCUGUAACACAAGCCCUUUUAAAGGACUUUCCAAAAUUACCCUAAGUCAUAAUUAUUUCUUUCCAGUUACUGUGAAAAGGAAACAUAACUGUGACUGUAUUUUUUUCUUAUCCUCCAAAACGACUUUUGAUCUCACCAAUUAAAUAAAAGCAGGGUGGAUAACUUUAUACAAGAGCAGCUAAAAGUGGUGUUUCUGGGUGUAUGCUAAAAUCUUAUCAGAGAUGUUGUCAUCAGCAUGAUUCUAUCACACAGGACCAAUUGAUUGUGAAUUCCUGGCCUAAUCACAGCGGAGAAGAGAGUGUGUUCAUGCCCACCAAACAAAUUCCAUGAACAUGAGAAAGAAGCUAGUGAUACGGUCAUAUUGAAUCAAUAUACUAUAUUAUGUUCAUGUGAAAAACCUGUUUAUUCUCUGUGUCCAAAUCCAUGUAGUAAAUACUAGACUAAAAUGAAGAUGAAGUUAAUUAAACUGUAUUCAAAAAAAUUUUUGUUAAAUAAAUUAAAGAAUUAUUUUGAUGAUAA